AUGAAGGUGACUGAAAUGCGUCUACUUUUCCUUCAGUCAACUAAAGGUGACGACGUAGGCCUUCUGCAGACCCAGUUAUUUGGACCGGCAGCUGAAAACUGGUGGGCCGCUGGUGAACAGGAGAUCGCGAAUGAGGCGCAUCGUCACCUUACCCGAAGUCUCUGCUCCCAUCAGGGCGAGACUGACGCUGCCGACCUCCUCACCUUCAGUGUCUCCAAGUGGACCCUCGCCUCCAACACAAUCACCGAUGACCUCGAACCCCAGCUGGAGGCUAUCUCGAAGGACGACCUCCUCGUGGAUGCCCGCGUACCUGUCCUGAUCUCUCCCACGUCUGAUAUACGCGGAUCUCAUGAGAGCCUCGAGAGUGAUGCUGAGGCCAGUGAUUCUGAACUCGCUUUCCUCCCCUCCACCCAGGGCGAGUUCUUCGUGUCCGCGACCUGGUGGCAAAUGCUUUCGGACGUGGCGGGCGUACACGUUCUCUCCUGCCUAGACACAGCACUGAUCUCUUCCCCCGAAGGCUGCAAUGUAAGAGAAUCAACUCGUCGUUCUUCAGAUGACUGGUGCAUUUGAUUCUGAUUAUUAUUCUAGUGACAGGGUUCGUGCCUAUCCACUGUCGUCGCUGUGCAUUCAUGCAUGCUAAAAGCCGUCCUUUCAGCAUAAGACCAGCAUCCGUAUCUUGAAAUGCUUACGGGCCAGUUUGUUACGUCUCUGUGUGUGCGAUUGAGACGCUGGCGAGGGCAAUUUGCCCAUUUUGUCAGUCCACUGUCUCUCCAUACACCCUGCGAGGGCUGUGCCAACAGAUUCUGCAAAGCCCUUCUCUGGCACUGGUUGCUACCGUCCACUACUAAAAUUCCAUCAGUAGUAUGGCACCCCUGAAACACCAGAAUGCUGGGGAUGAGAGUUGUUGUAGUCUUAUUUGUGGGAAGUUUAUUCAGCGUGCGUUCAACGCCGAGUCUUUCAGAGGAUCGAGGAGGUGUUCUGCCUCCUUUUUUUAGUAACGAAGGUCAGAGUGAGAUGUCAUCAUUAGAGCAACACAGGUACCCUCAACGUUGUCAUAAGGGUUUUCGCAAUUACCCUCCUGAACCGAUUUCGCUUCUCUAUGAAGGUCUGGGCAAGGCAUGGUGAAGGCUGCUUUUCCCCAUGCACCGGUUUCGUCGACCAGCUAUGCAAACUUUUAUGGAUCUUGGGGUGGAGACACUUCUUUGUCAACAGAAGGCGACUGUUUCCUUGGUUUUGGUUGCUUGUAGUUUCUUUGAAGAGACACUCUCCACCCCAAUCGCCUCCUCAAAUUUUGUCCAAAAGGGUUUUCUGCGAAGGCCAAGUUACUGUUCGACCGAUUUGUUUAUAGCAGCUCCCCUCGGCUACCCAUGUCGGAUGCAAAGCGUGGCAUACCUCCUGCCCCCAAUGCAUAUAUUCGAAUGUAUGAGCCUGCGUUCAAAGUAGCCCUGUUCUACCGCUGCGCGACCCGGCUGAUCUGUGGGCGAUCUCGGCGUUCGGCAAACGGGACCAUUGAUUAUUUGAUCGUUACCUUAAGUGGGUUUGAACAAAUCUAAUGGAGGGACCUUGAGGACUCUCAUCGUUGACUCAGAAGCUGUCAGGCAUGACGUUUUCCCUUGAAGUCAGUAAUAGCCCGUCGAUGCCGAUGUGACACCGGUAUAGUUUCCCAACCUCAAAGUGAACCAGAUGACAAAUAUGGCGGUUGGAGCCAGGAUGCCUAGUCCGCAUAAGUCCUGUCUUAAAAGCACUCGAGAAUAACUUAAUUUUCAAGUCCCAUCGCAAGACUAGCAAAGACUGGGUAGAUCCGACAGAAAGACUCCAGUGGUUACGCUAAAUUUAAAAAAAAAACGCGUCAGUCACACCGCCUGUCUGGUGAACCAGUUACCCUGUAGAACUCAGAGGGAGAAUGGACUUUUCACUUAAGCACAGCAGUUCGGCUGAAAAGUACACUUUCACAGAAUUUUCUCCUCAAUGAAAGCAGGCUAUUUACUCAGAACACGCAGGUUUUCAUUUCAUUUGAAUUUAUCCGUAGGCCAACGCCCUCCCCUCCCCCCACUUUGUUUUAUGAAGACGCCUGCCGUCUGGGGGCAUACACGCCAAGUCCGUGGGACAGAGUAGUGAAAGCUACUGAAUUAGGAACUCCCUUCACGGUGUAGUUGUUGUCCUUUGGGCUUUUAAAGUUUUCGGGAAAAGUGAGUGUACUUGUCUGACGUCUUAAAUUCUUGCUUGCAGACUGUGGACAUCCCGACUUUCGGAUGCUAACUCAGUUAGUCGUCAAGUAGACCUCCCGUGCACCUACGGGGCACUGCGCAGAUGUCCGAAAUGAAGACACAUCUAUGAACUAAGAACUGGGCUACUGAUAAGAUAAUGUUUACAUUUUACUGACGAGGUUAGGCGCGUAUCCGGAACGUCGAACAAAUACACCUGAUCUCUCGGAAUUCCCCCAAAUUUUUGUUUCCUGCAUAAUAAUCUCGCUUCUGGUUACGUAACUCGUCUGCUCUUUAUUCAUUCAUGCUUUCACUUGAACGAGCAAAAAAUGACAGGGCUGUUCGAAACGCAUUCUUGCUAAACGACCACAAAGUUGACUCCUUCUUUCAAACUCCUCAUUUAGGUCAGACGCGACGUCUCGGACCUGCUAAGUAACGAAGUCGCCACAGGCCUCGAUCUGGCCGAGUUGGCCCUGAGCAGACCGCCCUUCCAAAAGGGCUGCACCUACAGUGCCGUCUCUCCUGAGAAGUGGUCCUCACGCCGACUGAUACAAAGACGUCUUCAGCAGGCUGCAGAAACCCUCCUUGAAGAUGACUCUCCUGCAGCAGUCGGCGCAGACGGGACCCUGUUGUCCGACCACUCCCUCUCCACUUCUCUCUCCUCGCCAGACUAUCGGACGGCAGCGUCAGAUGCGACCGUGGCUACUUUGGAGGCAACGCAGACAGAACCCAGCGGGCGCUCUAUGCGUUACCUGAAGCGACGGCGCUCCGUGGACCCUGCUCCCUGA